UAUGUUAAAAAACAACAUGAUGGACAAUAGCACACUUGUCUCUGUCAAUAAAACAGACUGUGAAGUGGUGGAAAUCCCUCACGAGAUUUUCUUUGCCAUAGCUAUGGUAAGUCUCACAGAGAACCUAAUGGUCGUAGUUGCUGUAAUCAAGAACAAUAAUCUCCAUUCCCCCAUGUACUGUUUCAUCUGCAGCUUAUCUAUUUUCAACAUGACUGCAAGUGUGUCCAAAACCUGGGAGAAUAUUAUGAUAGUUUUCUCCAAGAUGGGGCAUUUGUAUUCUAGAGGUGAACUUGCUAUGAAGAUGGAUGAUGUAAUGGACGCACUAGUUUGCAUGUCUUUCUUAGGUUCCAUUUUCAGCUUAUUAGCCAUUGCGGUCGACCGAUACAUAACCAUUUUCCAUGCACUGAGGUACCACACUAUAAUGACAAUGAAACGUGUGGCUGCCAUCCUGGCAGGGAUAUGGACAUUUUGUGCAGUAAGUGGUGUUCUUAUGGCAAUAUUUUCCCAUUAUACAAUCAUCAUGACCUGCUUUAUUAUCCUGUUCCUCAUAUCAUUGGCAAUGAUUAUGUUCUUAUAUGUUCACAUGUUUUUGCUAGCAAGGACUCAUGCCAGAAAAAUUGCCUCUCUUCCAGGUAAUACUGUUCACCAAAAAAACAACAUGAAAGGAGCAAUAACACUGGCAAUCCUGUUUGGAGUUUUUAUUGCCUGUUGGUCCCCAUUUUUCUUUCAUCUUCUUCUUAUAAUGAUAUGUCCUUUAAACCCAUACUGUGAGUGCUACAGGUCACUCUUUCAGGUCAAUGUUAUUCUUCUUAUGUGUAACUCUGUAAUUGACCCUUUUAUUUAUGCCUUUCGAAGUGUAGAAUUAAGGAGCACAUUUAGAAAAAUGAUUUGUUGUUGA